GCUGCCGCGUUGUUGCUGCCCCUCGAGACUCGAGCGCGAGACUCACGGCCCUUGCUGUGGUCGAGGGGACUUGCACAAGCAUUCCUGUCUCCCAGGCAUGCUCACUGCCCAUGGUCCUGGUGGACUCGAGCGAAGGCGUCCCACGGAGAGGUUGGCGUGCUGAGGGCAGGACACCAACCGCCAGCCUCAAAACCCAUCCUCCGCAGGCGGUGGAACGGCAGCAACAGCAAUGGCAGCUCGGCAAGAACAACACAGUUUCACAACAUCGAGGAGAGGACGUAGAGGAGACGGCUGUCGAAGAGUCUUCGGCGGGGAAGGAAGAGCUUCACCAAUCUUCUACUAAUGCCUACCAUUCGGCCAUGGUCAACGGGAGCACCGACCGCUCAAGCGACAAUACCGGAAGAAGGGCGUCGCCGCCUUUGACACAGCCCCCGUCGGCCAUGCCGCCCGUGCGUGGCUUUCAUCUGGUCGAUCUGCACGCGGUUGUCCGCAACUCUGUAGAGUGGAGUUACUGCCUUCCGCAGGUGGACUCCGUCGAUGAGUGGCACAGAAUAUAUGCCACGAGGCGCAAGCUAGGUGCCACCCCUUACGUCUGGUCGAGGAGCGGUACCUCCCUUGACCCCACGCAGACAACCCCAAGGCAUUCGAGGGCAACAGGAUUGAGCCCGGCCAGCGUGAUGGUCAGGUUAGCCAUGCCAUUGCAACCGAGGAGGCAGUUCCCAGAAAAUCCGUCGGCGACACCCGCGGACGCGGAUUUUUCGGAGGCUCUUGAAGCCAUAUAUGGCGCGAGCUCAGACGACGUCGUCGAGCUUGCACAAGCCGCAGCGGCGGCGGCGGCGGCAGCAGCAGCAGCAGCAGCAGCAGCCACCGUCGGCCCAGAACUUGGUGCAGGUACGGCCGCGUCCAAGUCGUGCGGCAGUUUGAGGACCUUGCCAAUCGUUGGCUUCUCGAUCGAUGUGGGAUCGGCCUGCUGGAACGAUGCGCUUAGGGGGAGCUCCGAUCCAUCGUCAGGGCAACAGUCUCCAGACAACUCCUACACCUCUGCCAGCUCGGUGCCGGGGGUAGUUGUUUCGUCCGGUCGGCUAGCCGAGAGCAUUGAUGCCGCAGUAGCUUUCGCUGUGGAGAUGGCACGCAUCGCGGCCGGGGCUGCUGCUGCUGCUGCUUGUGCAACGGCGCCGGUCUCCAAAGUAGACGGCGUUGCCGACACAGCUGCAAAUCAACAAGACGAAGAAUCCGAGAGAGUCUUGAACAGCAGCGAUAGCAUAGCAGGGCCAGCAAAGAUGACGACUCCAAACCUUUCUGCCAUGCUUCCCCCGCCGUUUAGCUUCCGCCGGUUGCAUGUGACCGGUCUAGGAGAAGGGGGUGCACGCGGUGAGCCCUUAGCCGCAUUGAAGGCCGCGUUGUCUCGGCACCUUCCCAUCGCGGCAGCGGUGACCGCGACGUUGGGUGGUACCCACGGAGACGGGAGUGCGAGUGCCUCGCCCUCGGUCGCCCGCGCUUGUGGCCCGAUCGUAGUAUCUGCUGAUGCCACAGAACACCUGGUAGCGAGUGGAGUGUGGUCGACGGUUGCUUCCAUCAUCGGGCGGAAGACUGUGCCGCCCGCUGCGGUCGAUGAGGACGAUCCUGCGGUUGCCCGAUCGCCGGCAGCAACGGACACAGACCACGGUAGUAGCAGCAGCAGUUUGGCCGGCAGUGCCAAUGGAAAAGCUCGUGCGCGCGAGCAGAGUGUAGUCGACGCUGGCAACACCUGCGGUGGCAAAGGCAGUGACGACAAUGGCGGCGUUAUGUAUUAUGUUGAUGAUGGCUGCUACGGUUCCCUUAGUGGAGCUCUUCUCCGCGGAACUCAGAUGCGACCAUCGGCGCUACGCGUCCGCCCCGCUGUUCUCAUUGACCAUGACAAUUCGGCGAUGCCGCCCACCUCGUCCAAUGCUGCCAGUGAUACCCGAGUCCAAUGCCAAACCGACCACGGACCUUCCACAUCAGAUGCCCUGGCACAUCGCAGGACGGCUUGCAGAAACGAGCUUCCUUGUACGGUGUGGGGCCCUACUUGCGACGGGUUAGAUUGCGUCUGUCGGAUGACCGAGCUUCCUAACGACAUGGAACCUGGGCGAGACUGGCUGUUUUUCCCUGAUGUCGGCAUCCGAGGUGGAGCGGACGUGACCGGCUUCAAUGGUCUGAAGCCGCUUGAAACGUUCUACUUCGUCCGCCCACGAGGGGAUGCGGCUACCCCGCCGGUCCCUCUGGGUUCGGCAAGCGGCGUUUCGUAGUAAGAGCCAGGUUUGAUCUUGAUGGCUGUGUGCGGCCGUGCGACUCGAUGCGACUUGUCUUCCUUGGUUCCGCACCACGACCUCUUCGCUAUCUACGAAAUUGGCAGGUUCGGUCGAUUGUGCGGUGACUUAGUUGGUGACAACGUGCCGUACAUACGUACCUGACCGUCCUGUUUUCUUGGGAAUGGCCGGACCAUUACAGGGCAAUCCAGCUCAUAGGGUGCAGACGGCGAACAAACACUUUCCAAAUUAACUUAUUGGUUUGGGCAGCACCCAUAUGGUGUGCCCACACGUGUGACUGCCAUGCAAUGGUUUGCUUCAGCUGUGAGACAUCUGGGGUGUAUCACGGGGUGGGGAUAAGUCGGUACGGUGUCCUCUGUUGGUGACGUAACAUUUUUUUCGUCGGCACUGAGCUUGACAGUGCAUGCCCGAAAGCAGUGACGUGUGCAUGGAACCUGGGACAGCAGUGUUUUGCGGAGCGGGGCGGGGAGCAGCCUGUAGACAAGUCGUUCGCUCCGGCGGCGGGGCUGCCGUGGUUUGUAUCCUGUGGUUGUGCGUGUCGGUAUGUCAACCUCCUUGGGAGAGCUAUCGGUCGAUUGCGGUUUUGAACACGGGAAGUCGUCAAUAUUUUGCGUGCGGUUUCAACCUAUUUUAUCGUUGUUUUGAGUCAAGUUUCAAACCUAUUUUUAUCCCUCUGUUGCAUCGGGUGUCCGAUUUGUGUUGUGUGUUCCGCAGUGGGCCUUUGUUGUGGAGAGGUGGCAGUAUGUCCAUGCAGGAGGAAUUCCACUUUUCAUUUUGUGCCUCUGGAAGGUUGCGCCAAAUUCGUGCUCACGGCCACAAGCAUGCGGGGACGCAGACUCCAAAGAAUCAGAGAUUUUGCCACGACUUCCACAUGGUAGGUAGGCAGUCACGAAUAUGUUGUCUUGUACAAGAAGGGAAUUAAGCACAGUCGUUGUCGCAACUCUUUUCGAACAAAGAGAAGAGCAGCCUAAGGAGACCAGGGAGCUGUCAGUCU